AUGGCGCGUGAUGCUGAUGGAGUUGGGUGCUCUUCAAGUUCUUCUGGUUCAACUAAGAGAAGGAAGUAUCAUGUGUUUUUGAGCUUUCGAGGGGAAGAUACACGGAAAAAUUUUUCUGAUCAUUUGUAUGCCGCUUUAAAACGCAAAGGAUUAAAAACUUUCAGGGAUGAAGAAGAACUUGAAAGGGGAGAAUCUAUUAAUCCAAGUUUAGUACAAGCAAUUGAAGAGUCUCGUUCUGCAAUUGUUGUGCUCUCCCCAAAUUAUGCUUCUUCAACUUGGUGUUUGGAUGAGCUUCAAAAGAUCCUGCAGUUAAAGGAAAAGACGAGUUUUCAAGUAUUUCCGAUAUUUUACGGUGUAGAUCCUUCUGAUGUUAGGAAACAAAAGGGAAGUUUUGCAGAAGCAUUCAGAAAGCAUGAAGAAAGAUUUACCGAAAACAAAAGAAAGGUACAAAAGUGGAGAGAUGCUUUAGAAAAAGUUGCUACUUUAUCUGGUUGGGACUCAAAAGAUCGGUAUGAAAGCGAAUUCAUUGAAAGCAUUGUUGAAGAAAUGGGGUCAAAGUUACUUGAUAAAUCAGCAUCUGGUCAUGGCAAGUUAAUUGGAAUUGGACCAAAAUUAGACAAACUGAAGUCAAUCGUUGCAAGUGAAUCAGAAGGAGUUGGGUUUAUAGGAAUAUGGGGCACAGGAGGUGUAGGCAAAACAACUCUUGCUAGAGCCUUUUAUGAGCAAGAGCGAGAGCGCAAAAACUUUGAGAUUCACUGCUUCCUUGAUAAUAUUAGAGAGGCAUGGGAAAAAGAAGGUUUGAUUUCAUUGCCAAGAAAACUUCUUUCUUCUCUAGAUAAAAAGAGUAUGGAAGUGGCUGACUUUUAUGAAGGAAUGGAGUUAAUAAAAAGCAAGUUGACUGACAGAAAAAUUCUACUUGUCCUUGACGAUGUGAGUGAUAUUAGGCAACUUGAAAAUUUGGCUCCAAAGAAAGGAUGGUUCAGCGAAGGGAGCAUAAUAAUAAUAACAACUAGGGAUAAGCAUUUGUUAUCAUCACACAGUGUAUCUGCUGUGUAUGAAUUCAAAUUAUUGAGUUAUAACGAGUCCCUUGAACUUUUCCUUGAAAAAGCUUUUAAAGAAGAGCAUCCUAAUGAAGAUUAUUUGAAACUUGCUAGAACCGUCAUUGAGUAUGCUAGAGGCCUUCCUUUAGUGCUCACAGUGUUAGGUUCAUCUCUUUGCAAAAGACCUAUAGUGGAAUGGAAGGAUGAACUAGCUAAGCUCAAGAAAAUUCCUCCAAAGGACAUUUUGAAGAUACUUCAGGUGAGUUUUGAUGGACUGGAUGAUCAGCAGAAAACCAUAUUCCUGGAUGUUGCUUGCUUUUUCAAUGGGAUGGACAAAGAUCAUGUCAUACAAAUUUUAGAAACUUUGGAUAAGGAUUUUCGCCCAGAAACUGAGAUAAAUGUUCUCAUUAAGAAAUCACUAAUGAUUAGUUAUGAAGGGCAUUUGUGGGUGCAUCAAAUUCUCCAAGAUAUGUGUAAAUAUAUUGUCUAUCAAGAAUCACAUUAUGAUGCUGGCAAGCGUUCCAGGAUAUUGUCUUUGGAGGAUGCCAAUCAAGGGACAGAAGCAAUUCGAGGAAUAGCGCUAACAUUGGAAAAGUCAUGUGAUGCAUUCUGGGAUCCUGAAUCCUUCUCAAAGAUGAUCUCUCCCAAGCCUAAAGUCCCUCGAUCUAUCUCAUUCAAAAUGCCUCGUCAAAGUCCCAAAUUUUGA